AUGAACAAUCACCGAAUGGCAACGCAACAAUUAACAACAUCAAAUGAACACGUAAAGACACUGUAUCAACAUCAAUUGAGGCGAACAACAACAACAACAAUAACAACACUUGAAAGAAACAAACAUCAACAACGAAACAACAUCAACAAUAAUGCAUCGAACACGCAACAAAUGCAUCAAUUAAACGUGAACAUGCAAAAACGAUCAACGACUGAGUACCGAAGAAACAAGAAACGAAAUCAACAAUGCGCCUAUGCAAUUGUAAUGCAACAAAACAACAACAAUCGUGAACAACAAACAACAACAAACAACAACGGCAACAACAACAAAAACAACACUUAUUCGAAAGAAUGUAUCAACAACAAAACACGCAUCAUAACAACAGUAUCAACAGAAACAUCAACAACAACAACAACAACAAUAACAACAACAACGCAUCAAUCAUCAACAACGCAACAGAACAAACAACAAAAUGCAAUGGCAAACAAUGACAUCAACAACAAUAACAACAACAUCAACAACGGCAACGGGAAUAACAAUAAACAACAGAUACAAUAA